ACCAACCACAAUGGCACCCCGAGCAGCAACAAAACGCGCGGCCACGUCCGCCUCCGACACGCCCGUGGCCGAGGGCUCGCGCAAGAAGACGCGCUUCGUCGAGCCGUCCGAGGAUCCCGCGAACUUCGCGGAGGAGGUCGACGCCGCGCUCGAGAACCCGUCCGCGCGGCGCAAGGGGCGCGUGAACGCCGAGGGGUACGACUCGGACUCGAGCGACGACGGCGAGGGCGUCGUGAACAGCCGCAAGCCGGGCGUCGUGAACAGCCGCAAGCCGGGCGCCGCGGGCGAGGACGGCGCGGACGAGGACGAGGACAUGUUCGCGAUCGGCGAGAAGGAGGAGAAGGCGGAGAAGGACGGCGGCGGCGCGGGCGCGAAGAAGAAGAAGGAGGAGUUCAUGCGCUUGGGGGACAUCGAGGGGCAGGAGUUCGGGGGCGGGGAGGACGGGGAGGAGGGCGACUCGGAGGAGGAGGAUGCGGACCCGGAGGACGAGGACGAGGCGGAGCGAAGGAAGAAAGCGGGCAUGGGCUUCGAGCUGUCGUCGUUCAACAUGCGCGAGGAGAUGGAGGAGGGCAAGUUCGCGGCGGACGGGACGUACGUGCGCACGUUCGACCCGCACGCGGUGCACGACCGCUGGAUGGAGGGCAUGGACGAGAAGGAGAUCAAGAAGGCGCGCAAGCUGCACAAGGCGCAGGCGCGGCACCAGCGGGAGCUGCAGGAGGCCGAGGAGCGCGAACUGCGGGAGCUCGGCGGGAAGGAUAGCAUCGAGCAGCAGCUUGUCGGCAUGCUUAAGAAGGGCGAGACGGUGCUCGAAGCUCUGCAACGGCUCGGUGCGAAGGCGAAAAAGAACGGCGGUGGUGCCGAGAAGAAACCUAACAACAAGACCAAGAGCGAUCCCGUUGGAGGCGCGAUGGAGGUCGACACCACGCCAAAAGAAGUCUCCGAGAUCGACCAAAUCACCCACCUCGCAUCCACGCUCCUGUCGCUCGGCGACACCGACAUCUACUCGAAGACAUACGAAGAGCUCGUUCGCGCCGUACGCGCUUCGGGCAAGGUUGACGCCAACUGGAUCCCGCCCUCCGCAGACGUGAAGUAUGAGUACAAGUGGGACGUGCCCGAAGCAGGCCAGGCGGGCGAGGUGUUUGGGCCGUUUGGCGAGGAAGAGAUGCGGGCGUGGCAUAGCGCGACAUACUUUGGCGCGAGCGGGGAGAAGGUCAAAGUGCGCAAGGUCGGCGGUAACUGGGGCAGCUGGAAAGAGGUCGUUUCAUGAAGUAUGCCGACUAUACCCUCUUGGCUUCUCAUUGCUCCAAGAAUCUGUGCUUCUGAAUAUUCGACGUGUAAUACUAUAUGUAUCUCUAGUCGACAGUGCUAAUACUGCGUGGUGCUAUCGGUAUAUACUAACCGUUCUAUCUACAAAUACAAUCCAUG